AUGUACUGUGUUGUCGCGAUUCUUCUUAUUAGGUCGGCAAUUAAUUUGUCGAUGAACCGCCUAGUUCUUGCGACUAAUGAUCAUGGGGAAGGCAGCUACAGCGUCUACGGCAAGCCCGAUAACUACCAAUUCCCAACAUUUCCACUGCACUUGAGGAUAUUUAAAACUAAGACCAAGGUCACAGUCCUGGGUACACACGUCGCUCUAUACUGUUCAUACGCCAUGAAGAGUCAAGGAAUAGUACAAAGAUUCGCGUUAAUGUUGCCAACAUUAACACACUGCUCCCACAAUGGGUUUUCCACCGUGCCUCAAAAUGCAGAUUACUGUUUAAAUCAUAUUUCCAAGUCAAUUCCUCUCCAAAGGGGAGAAGUUUCAGUAAAUCAAACGAUGGUCAACGAAAGAAUAUGUGCUCCUGAUACAUUAGCCUACCUGACCUAUAUGGAUGAGACUUCUAUCUAUGGGAUAUACAGUAACUUUUUUCCGCAGAAAAGGAGCACAUAUUUCAAUGUUAAUGUCAAUAAGAUGUUCAAUUUAAAGGACUUGGUCUUAAACGGUAAAAUUUUAUUAAUUCAGCCUCCGAGAUCUAGUGCAAGAGGAAUGGCAUGGAUUCAAGGACAUUUACACAUAUUUGAAACUGUGCUGAGCGCCUGGGUCCCUGAAACCAAAAUAGGGCACGAGUCUCAAAACGGAAAUAAGAUUUUCGCUUUAAUAAUUCAACACUAUUGUCUUACUUUUAAAACUUAUUCUAAUUUAUCCAUUAGACUCAACUAUCAUCUCCGAAUUCCAGAAAAUUCCUACUUCAACCCCAUCGCGCAUUUCAGAGAUACGGAUCAUAUGCAAGCCCAAUUUGCUAAACAACUUGGAGAAAUAGACCUUGGAAUCCUAAUUCCAUCUAAUGCAGUGGGAAAAAUAAGGGGUGCGACGGCUCAUAGAUGA